AUGUUAUCUCUGAUACGUGCCCUAAUCGACGCUAAAAUUGCGACACUACUCGCGCAUGUUCUACUGCGCAGGUGCUUUGUUUUGUUCAUAAUCGGUUUGCAAGUGAGAUGUGACAGUGUGAAGUGUGCAGUUUUGAAGUUAGGGAAAGUAGUGUGUAAAUUAGUGCCUUGUGCUUUGGUGGAUGCUUAUAGGAUAUCAGUGUUGUUGGCUGAGACUGAAUGGGAUAAUCCGGAAGAAUGGGUGACGAAGAAAAAGGUAGAGCUGACGACGAAGCGUCAGAUCGAGACACGUGUGAAGCGUCAGGUGGUCGUGGAGGAUGGGAGAGUGGUUGAGGACUCGGGGCCCAUCGUCACCACCAACACCACAGAGGACACCGAAAAACAGGAGUCCACCACCACUGAGAAACGUGACCUAGCAGGAGAUGGCGACAAGGAGAAGAACGGGGAGAAUCGAGACAGAGAACUGGAGUGGUCUGCACCGGCUGGCACAGUUGCUACUCAGGACGGACUGCUCCGAGAAGUAAAGGAGAAGAAAGUGUACAGUCGGCAAGAGACCAGUGAGCUGCUAGAGACUGAAGAUGUGCAGCAUUUGGGGGAUAUCACUGAUCAGGACUACCAGCAAGCCGUGACGCAGGGAGGCGACAGCGAUUUGCGAGCGACACUGGAGCGAUGUCGCCGCGACACAGCGGCUGGUCGUCGCGACCGCCAGCGACAAAUACAACUGCAUAAAUGGGACGCGACUCGCAACGCGGCUCCCGGGCGGGUCGUACGACGCGCCACGCAGAGUCGCAAGGUGGUUGACUCGGAGGACAGCCAACGGUUGCAUGCUCUGGGACCUGAUGGAAAGCUAGUCACUGAGACAAGGACUACUACUGAACAUGAGGAGAUCGAGGGAGAUGAACAACCAGACUCGCGCAGUGGCUCAUCUCACUGCGAAGAGGAUCACAAGGAGAGCUCCACCCAAUUUGCUCGCACCAAACAACAGCAGUUGGUCGACUACUACCUCGGCCAUAAGCGCAUCGGUGGAGAGAUCAAAUACGAGUCUGAAACUUUUGAGGGUGACCGCCAGGGAGCUCCCCUGGAGCAGCAGCCACCCCUCGAUUGGGACAAGAUGUCCGCGCGUGCGCGUGCCUCCAAACAACUACAGAUAGAUCGCAAGGAUGCACUGACCAGGCGUCCCUUGGACCCUGACCAAGAAGAGAGAACUAGGAAGCAUGAAACUGAUCGUUGGCUGGAUAGUCAUUUCGGCAGUGUAAGCAGUGAUGAUAUGGAUAAUGCACAGGUGAGCCGCCCUGCAGCCACAUCAUCCUUCAUCAACGUUACGAUGAAAUCGAGUAAAUCACCUGCUCCUCCCACUCCACCACCAAAUGACGGUCACCAUUCCUACCUGCGAACCACGUCCAUGUCGCCUGGCAACCACAGGUCGCAACAUGAGACCACCAGUUCAAUGACACCUAACCGAUCCAAUCAGACUUCGAACGAACGAUACUCUUAUAGCAGAUCACACUUGGACAGAUCAGACCUUUCAUCCCCCGUGGAACGAACCCCUGCCACCGCUGCCACCACCUCAGAAACACGAACCUGGUACUCCAGUCUGCAACGCAACGGACAUAAAGAACAUAACGGGCAGAACGGAUAUAGUGUACAGAAUGGACAUAGCGGACAUAACGGACUGAACGGACGAGCAACUAUGUCGUCUGAAGAGGAAGCAGCUAGUCCGUCUCCACCCAUACGACCUAGACGUAGGAGAGGACAGGACACCGACAAAGAAGCCAGUCGCCAGCUGAUCGAAACGGAACGUCGUUGGCGAAGUCAACACUCAUUGGUCAACGGAAAUCACGUGACCACGCCCACCUCCACUCCGCCCCUCCCCUACAAUGGCCACCGAUCUCCGUCACCCCCUCCCCUACAACACAGCACACCAUUGGCUAGAGCUUACUCACCCUCUUCCGAGCUGCGACACAGUAGAUCAAAUCUUAUCAGAGAAGAAAGAGGUUAUUCCCCCACUGAGUUACGUCACAGUAGAUCUAAUCUAUUGAGGGAAGAGAGGGGGUAUUCUCCUACUGAACUACGUCAUAGCAGAUCUAAUCUACUCAGAGAAGAGAGGGGAUAUUCUCCUUCCCCCGAGCUACGUCAUAGUAGAGUAGAUCUCCAAAGAGAAGAAAGGAGAUAUUCUCCUAGCUCUGAACUACGUCAUAGCAGAUCAAAUUUACUCAGAGAAGAUAGGGGAUAUACUCCAUCCCCUGAGUUACGUCAUAGUAGAUCGGAUCUGUUGAGAGAGGAGAGGGGUUAUUCCCCUUCCCCUGAAAUACAUGAGGAUGUGGUGGAUGACGGGACGGGAGGAGGUGGCAAGAAGAAGAUUUUCCAGCGAACCAGGUUUGCAGCUGAGAUUCCGUUGGUCAAACCCAAACCACAGGGCGAUUCCUCCGGCAACAAGUCGUCAGGUGGUCUUGGCCUGGGUCGAUCACUUCGCAAACUGGUCAACAAGCUGGGCGGAAAAUCGUCGAAAAACCAGGAGAUGACGUCACAGCAGUCGGAGCAAAGGAGAGAUCAUCACCACUAUCAGCCACAGAGUCAUCAGCAGCCCAAACAGCGCUACUAUUUGGGCGAGGAUCCCUUUAAUGGCGGCAGUAUUUAUGGACGGGAAAGCGAGUACCAUGCGGCUGCACCUAGGAGGAGACAUUCUAAUCGGAUCGCUUCAGACCACAGCAGCUCUCAUCAGAAUGGGUACAGGUCUACGAGCACACUGGGUCGCCUCAGCAAGUCCACCUCUCGGCUUGCCUCGUCAGCAGAUAGAGGGACGGUGAACGCGCGUGCGGGAGGCAUUCACACACUACCACGCAAACUGCACAACGGGGUUUCGUGGCAACAGCAGCAGAACUAUCGUAACGAGACCAGUAGCAGCAGUAGCCGUUUGAAUAGUGAUAACAGAUCGGGCAGUCUCAUCAAUGUAUCCAUUGUCAACAAGCCAAAGCCCGCUACAACCACCACCACAUUCACCAGCACCCUAGGCCCAGCCAAACCAGCUCGUACCUACCGCUCAUCACUACUGCGCAGCAAAAGUUUCAGUGCACAAGCCAACGACAACAACGGCCUCAUCAGCAUGAGCCCCAGCGGAGGUGGGGGAGGGGUUAGCAGCACCAUUCACCACUCCUCCAACCCACAACUCAACCGAUUGCUGACGUCAUCAUCUCGUGACGUCACCGAUUCUUCCCUCAAAAGUCCUGGAAUUAUUAACAGCAUCUCGCGACAGGGUAGCGAUCUAAAUCGCAGUGGCGAUUUUAGUCGUAGCGGUGACGCCAGUCGCGAAGCGAGUCGCAACCUGCUUGUGCGGCAUCUGAUCGACCGUGUACCACAGCUCUACGACGCACUACACGGCAACUCCGCAAAUGGGAGUACGACACAGUUUGGCAACACUGUGAACGGAUCGACAACGAAGUUUGGCAACACUGUAAACGGAACAACAAAGUUUGGACAAACCACAAACGAGAGUAUCACCACGUUUGGAAACGGGACAACAACAAAGUUUGGCAACGGAACUACAACGAAAUUCGGCAACACUGUGAACGGGACGACAAAGUUUGGCAACAGUGGGAAUGAGAGUAUAACGACAUUCGGCGGCAACAGCGCAAAUGGAACUACAACAAAGUUUGGCAACAACGCAAAUGGAAGCACUACACAUUUCACUAAUGGAUCGACACAACUGGGAAACGGUCAGUCCUCAGUUUGGACAUCUAGCACGACCACAACGGUUGAGAACCGGCGAUAUCAGGCGCCUCUAGAUCGCAGAGGUUCUCUGUCGUCGUCUGGUGGGGUUGUCAUUGAGGUUAGGAGUGGGGAUUAAGGACAUGUUAGAUUGAAAAUUAAUCAUAGUUCUAACAACCGGUUAUAUAGCUGGAUAUAAUUAUGUAGCCAUAUUUUUAACAAACCUCAGAUAAACAGCUGAACUCCCAGAGCUUAUAUGGCCUGAAUGACUGUACUUCCAAUCAAUUGGGACGAGGUGGAAGUAGAAGUAGAUAUUUGAAACGUCACAGAGUUUGAUUAAACGUCACAGUCAGAAUAAGUUGAGUCUGAAGAUGGCCAACACAGGUCGAAACGUAAUCUCUGCCGAAAAGUACCGUAAGAGUUUCCAAUAAUUCAAAAGUGUUUUUUAAUUCAAACUCCCGUGUUUCGGAUGGACACGUUAAGCCGUCGGUCCCGGCUGCCUAAAAAGCAGUCGUUAGGUCAUGUCAGAGGCCCUGAAAUUGAUCAGUUGCGACCUGAAAACUCUGACACCAGACCUGAGCCAGCCAGGUCACUCGAUAUUAUUAUUAUUAAGUUUGAUAAUAUGUUAAACGGUUCUUCAAUACAGUAUAACCUGGAUAGAUUGCUGUAUUUUUAUGGUCUGUUCAACUAUAGGGUUUUGAGUGAAGCUUCUUAUUCUCUGUAAAGUAAAUUCGUAAGCUUUUGUUGGUGGGGAGUCCCUUGCAAGAAGGUCUCACCCUCACCGCCUGAAUAUAUAUAAUUUAAGCCGUCAAUGGGCCUUACGACUGUAUGUAAAGUGACAUAGCAACAUAAAUGAAAUGAAAAUGAAAUGAAAAUACUCUUUAUUAGGCGGAGUUAGGACUAGAAAGUCCUUUCUACCACUCAACCUUACAGGCAAAUAGUAAUACAUUACAAUAAGAAAUAAUACAAGAACUAUAACAAUAUGAAACUGAGAAUAGGCCUAAUGCAUAAAAUUGUAAAUAAAAAUCAACCAUUUUUGUCUGGUGCAAAAGUAAAUUAAGUAAAUCAUUAAAUGUACCUCAUUUAUAUAAUGGGUCUCACGUAUUUUCAAAAAACAUCUUUCUCUCUUACGACUUGAUUUGGGAAUGAAUAUGGCAUAAUAUUUAGUCACGUCUCAGCUCGUUCAAUUUCAUAAGUGUGAUAGGCUAUUCCAAGGAUAUUUAACAAUUUCAUUCACUUCUUCUUUAUCCUCGCCACUUCCCGUUAUGCGGGGUCGGCUUUACCAAUCCUGAGGCGCCAUUCCUCCCGAUUAUAGGCAUCGUUUGUAGAAAGAUCCAAAUUUAAACAAAUAUUUGAUAAUAAAAAGUCAUUUACUAUUAUUAUUCUAAAUUGUUUGAUACUAUAUUAUGGAUAUUUAAUAAUUUGAACAAUGUAAAUAUGCAAUACUUUCGAUUAUUGAAUCCAAGUCAGAAUGACUUCAUCAGAACAUAUUUCGAUAGUAAUGGAUCUUUCGAUCAAUACUUGAGGAAAAUGCAUUAAGUUAUUAAUUCUGUAGUUGCUAUUGGCUGAAGGACACUGGAGUAGAAAAUUUGAGUCCAUUCCAUACCCGAAGUAAAAACAUUCCCGAAGUUUUCAUGUGAAAUAUUGAAAUUAUAUGAGAUUAAUCAUUUCCUAUUGAACAUCCAAGUUUGAUAAUCUAGAGGAAAAUAUUGAGGAAAAUGCAUGAAGUUAUUGAUUCUGUAGUUGCUAUUGGCUGAAGGACAUUGGAGUAGAAAAUUUGAGUCCAUUCCAUACCCGAAGUAAAAUCAUUCCCGAAGUUUUCAUGUGAAAUAUUGAAAUUAUAUGAGAUUAAUCAUUUCCUAUUGGACAUCCAAGUUUGAUAAUCUAGAGGAAAAUAUUGAGGAAAAUGCAUGAAGUUAUUGAUUCUGUAGUUGCUAUUGGCUGAUGGACAUUAGAGUAAAAACAUUUUUAGUCCAUUCCAUACCAUUGUAAAAUCAUUCCCGAAGUUUUCAUGUGAAAUAUUGAAAUUAUAUGAGAUUAAUUAUUUCCUAUUGAACAUCCAAGUUUGAUAAUCUAGUUGUAUUAAUUUGUAAUUUUCGUUUUGCCAUACUAGAGAACUAAUAAUAUUGUAUCUAACUUAUAUCUCGACUUGACAAUUAUUUAGAAUUAUUCUUUCCUAACAUUAUAAAAAUACAAUUUUCUGUAUUAUGAAACUUUUUUGUAAGAUAUCUGGACUGAUUUUUUGUCAUUGAAGAAUGGAAAUACAUGAAAGUGAAGGAUCUACAUUGAUUAUGACCCUAUCAGUCCUGUAUUAUGAUGGGAAUGAUAACAAUUAUUAUUCUCCAGUUUGUAUAUUAUUAUAUAAGUUGAUUAUUAUUAUAUACGGUACGCAAUUUAUUCUUUCAUUCUAGGUACGAAUAAAUCUUAACCGAUUAUGAAGUUCAAUAAUAUAAUUAUACAUUCCAAAUUAAUCCUAACUUAAAAAUAUAUGA